AUGUCUUCAUCUCGUUCCGCUUCGAAUUCUUCACGUCCCUCGCUGUCCUCAACACGGAGCACUCCACCAACCGACGACGGCGGUUCCAAGAUGACCAGCCCUAAGAAGGCUCAGUUCCUAGACAUGUCGCUGGAAGAAUCAAUUGAUAACUUGGACGACAUUUCUACAUUUCCACCAGAGGUCGCUUUACCCUCAGAGACUUCCCACGACACUCUCUUAGAAACCACCAGCAAAGAUGCCACCGAGAUCGACGCGAUAUUCGAACAGAGUGAUUCCGAAUCAGAAUCGCCUCUUCGGCCCCCCUCCAUUCCAGAUUAUCAUUUUAGUGGUCCUAGGAACUACUCUCGCCUAACAGAACGGGACUCUGAUGAUGAGAGGUCUGGCACUCCGCCACCAAACCCCUUUGGGCCUUCCAUUCGUUCUGCAACACUUAAGACCGCUGGCCGGGUGGCCGGUGACAACGGCAUUAUUCUACCAUCUACUGUUUCGGAAUCGCCUAGUCCCUAUGUAUCGAGGAGUCGGCUAUCAUCCUCCCGUGGUGGUACCGUGAACUCUGUUUUUCAGGAUGUCCCAAUUUUCUCGCCGUUUUCUUCCCAAAAGAAAAAGAAGAACGGUAAGAACGGGUUUCCUAGAGGAAAUCCGUCUCCGAGCCGCAAAGGAGGCCGUAUAUUGGAUGUCCCGGUCGCUCCAUCACCCGACCCUUCUCCUUUGGUAUUACUACAUGUUACUCUUCUCCCGUUGCCUGCACAAGGUCCUGCAUCGUCAGUUCUUGCCAAUCACUUGCGCAAAAUGAUUUCCCCGACAGUUGUUGCCCGGGGCCUUCUGCUGCCUCAUCCUAACGAUGACUAUGAAGGCUUAAUUGAAAUGAUUGCAGAGAAUCUUGGUCUUGAUCAAGAAACUCCUCCACCUUUCAAGAAGACAGCGACAUACUCAUUUGAUGACUGCGCAUCGCAUUCGGAAGGUUCAUAUGUCGGAUCAUCGGACGAGGAAGGCGAAGGAUACUGUCCUACAUGUACCCGAAGGCGUCUCAAACCCGAAUUCUGUCGCCAUGAAAGGCCACGUAAGCACCGAAGACCUUACACACAUACUGAGAAAUGGUAUACAAUCAAUAUAUUUGCUUCGAAUGGCUUGAUGAGAUCCGGCGCAUGGAGUCGCAGCUGGGAAGAGAUGGAAAGAAUAGAUGUUGAAGUCACUGUUACGCCUGGAUACGAGGAUAUUGACCCACCUAAGACCCUUAGACCCUCAUCUCAGCGGAGUGACGGGAAAAGAAGUCUUCAAGGCGGCUUCCAGUUCAAGAGGCGGGUUCAACCAUUACCUGGUGUUGAAACAACGACAGACGAGGAGAUGCCGCAACCUAGGAGACUUUCUGCUGGUCGGAGGAAGCCCUCUGGCGCCCGCGUCCCGAGCGGUUCUAUGAGGAGUCGGAAUUCUAGUAAUUAUAUCAAGCAAGAGCCGCUCAGUGAGCUGGAUAUAAUGCUACCGGAUGUUGAGAAGGCGAAAGAAAUAUACGAAGAUGGUGUUGAUCUAGAUGUUCCGAUUUUUGAACCACCAACAGAGGAGGAUGGCGAAUUCGUUCCUAUCUGGGAAGACAAAGACGAUAAGGAAGAGAAGCCAACUGAACGGUUCAAGAGCGAAGACUCCUGGACGACGGACGAUGAGGGUUCGCGACAACAGGACAACGAUGAAAAUGCCAAGCGACCGUCCCAAGGAGCAGCAUUAGCUACGGAGAAAGAAGAAGACCGAAGACUCAGCGCUUUCACAAUGGAUACUGCGAUUCACCACUCUAUCAUUGGUUCUUCUCGUGAAACAAGCGUGGAAAGCGAAGCGAUCGGUUCUGAGUCUGAAGAUAUUCCUACUGUAUCGCCGUCGCCUUCUCCGGAACAGAGAAAGAUUUCAAACCCUCAUAGGUUACAUCCCUCAUCCCGCCGAGCCAGCCGCGAGAUCACUCCUGCAGAACUUAGGAGUUAUGCUGCUAGUGAAAAGACGGCCUCUCGCCCCACUUCUAGUAGAAACCCAGGGAACAUGGCCAUAGUCGGUCUUGCUAUUUCUGAUGACGGUACAGCGCUGGAGGAUCUGGAAGAGGACAAGGAAAAUCGCCAUGAGAGCAUUGACAAUAAGGAAAACAUCCCGGUGGAUAUCUCAGAUGAAGAACCCGAAGUGAAACCAACUCCUCUGCGAAAUAGACGGGCAGUGACUCCUAAGACGGCUGGACCGUCGCCGAUGCCGUCUAGAUUUUCUUCCCCUGAUAUUUCACCAGAUAUCUCUCCAAUGGUGUCUCGGGCUGGCAGUCCGCAACCACAACCGACGAAGGGGCCCACGUCUAGAGAGAGAAGGAGAAGAAGUAUCAGGCGAAGCUUUGACAAAUCGUUUGGUACGAGUUCAUCUCCUGGAAGCCGAGCUCAAUCACGUAAGAACUCGGGCGAGUCGGGGACAGCCCCAUUCACACCUGGUGAAAGUUCUCCCCGGGGAAGGUCGGUGUCCAGGAGUCCUAAACAGUCAAAAUCUUCAUCACCUUCUCCGCUGGAGAAGGAGGAUCCUCUCCCGGAAGGUCUCAUCGAUAGACUUCGCGACAUGCUGAAACCUACAAUCAAAACCCUUUCGGCGAUCCCGCUACCCACAUUGUUACUAAUUGCCAUUCCCUUUGCCGGACUGAUUGCAUUUAGUGUCAACAGCUAUUUUGCGCAAAGGAACCUCGACUAUAUGGUUCGAAACUUCAUGGAAACGCAAGUCGCGCGAGAAAUGCAAAUACUCCAGCAACAACAGCAAGCCGCUCCUGAUAUGAACCAAGUGCCUCUGGAAGUUCAAUAUGCCCCUGCGCCACCUUCAAUCCUUGGUGAUGUCAUCGCAGAGGUGGAAAAGAUGCUUCCGGGCUCUGGGAUAGGGCUAUUGGCAGGAGAGAAAGCUAAUCUUGAAUGGCAGGAGGCUCAGAAGAGAGGCCUCGAACGUGAGAGCGUUGUUUAUGGUAUCCAGGUUGGUGGGAAGUGUGUUAUGCCAGAGGAUGUUCCAGCAGCGAUAAGAAGGGCUGCAUCGGAACGUGAGGACGGCCCUUCCAAUCAAGGAUCCAUCAUUGAAGAUCUAGACCUUAUCGAUGAAGACGAGGCGGCCUUUGGAUUUGGUCCUGUCAAACUUCAACCUGGAUCUGAAAUCAAGUCUGGACAAGAGCAACUAAACGCUGACGAGGAUGCAAGAGGUCGCGGCGAGCAGAAAUCCGAAGAUGAGGACUCUGCCGGCUAUGAAAGGUCCGGUUCCCGCUCCCCUCCUCUUGCACCGUACCGGAGGGACCGUUCUCGCGAGAGGAAGAAUUUCCCUGAAGAACCCACUCAUCAUUACCACUCACCGAAUCUACCCGUUUAUGAUGACUUCGAUCGUCUUUCCGAGGCCGGGGAUAUCGAUGUUGGAAAAGCGGAUGUUAGAGAUGCAGGCCCAGAUUGGCGCGACAGUGAUAUCCCUGAACUGGAACUCCCACCUCCGAUCCGAGAAGUUCCUGCUAGCCCCAGUAAGGUUCAGAUACCUAUUAUGGAACCAUCGCAGGAGACUGUGGAGCCAAGUGAAGCAUACCAAGACAUUGAAGAGCCAACUAAUACACCAGCCAGUGAGUUGGAUGGAGAAGUUUCACCAGAAGUUGCUAGACUUAUCCCGGAAGAAGAUGAGCGGUUGCCUGAGCCAAUUGUACGGACAGGAUACACGCCUCAGCAACGGCCAUCUGAUUAUAACUCUCGCCCAUCUUCACGUAACGGGGAAGUUGACGAGUCCGAUAAUACCUCUCAGCCUGAAACUGAUGAUGUAGAUGCUGAAUCUCAAGAUGCAUCCCGACCCCCUACAAGGAAUGGAAGAGCUAGUUCUCGGCCUCCGUCUUCUAGAUCCGCUUCGAAGUCUAGGGCCUCUUCCCGAAGUUCUAGAUCCAGAUCACGGCCACGAAGCUCUGGAGGAUCCAAGAAUUCCGACUCCUCAAGUGGCACUAUGGAGACCGUCGAAGAGGGCGAAAACGUAGUGGAGCAGGUCCCGGAGGAAAUUGCAGCAGGCACCCAUGAUGCUCCGGAUUCGCAAAACGAUGAGAAUAUCUCCACAAAUUUGCCAGAAUCUCCGGAAGACGUCGUUCCAGAGGUUAAAGGCGAUGGGUCGUUUUUGGAGAGGUUAGGUUUAAAGUUCGGACCACAAAGAAUCUUUGGGCCAAUGCCUAAGGACUUCGAAGCCCCAGUCGUAACACCAACCGAGGAAGUCCUAAGUUCAACAUCUACUCCAGCUUUAGAACCGACAAUAAUUGAACAGGAAACGGAAGAUGUGCUAUCAGUUGGCUCAGCAUCGCCUGCCCUCACGUCUUCGGAGCCACCCUCAGAAUAUGAACACUACGAAGACGCCGAAGAGGAUUACGACUAUGAUGAUCAAUACCAGUAUCAAUACGACCCCGAUCAAUAUGAUGACUACGCGUAUGAUAGUCAAGAUGACUAUAACAUCCCCGAGGCCCUGAUCGACGAAGAUUAUGCCUUUGAAGAUGAGGAUGGCGAUGGGUCAGCCUACGAUGAGGUCGAGGAGUUCGACUAUGAGAAAUUCAAGGCCAGUCAGUAA